UUCCAACUGACAACUGAAUGAAUAUUUAGCAGCAAGUAAAGUUUGAGGUUAGGCGUAAAGAAAAAAUAUAUACAAAUUCCAUUCGGAAAUGUGGUUAGAUCGCGUACAAACAAUUGCGAAAAAUUUGAGAAUAAAUAUACUUGGCUGUUUAAAUUUUUGCUUUAAGUAAAAAUGUCAGGACAGGAUUUGCUAUCGGAUCAAGGAUUACGGUUAGACGGUCGUAGGGCAAAUGAAAUUCGUAAAAUAACUUGCAAGUUGGGGGUGUUUAGUCAAUCGGAUGGAAGCGCAUACUUUGAGUUGGGAAAUACAAAGGUUUUAGCCGCUGUGUAUGGUCCCCAUGAGAUCCAUGGCAAGCAAAAAGGAUUACAUGAUGCUGUUGUUGUUAAUUGUCAAUAUAGCAUGGCAACAUUUUCAACGGGCGAACGAAAAAAUAGACCAAGAGGAGAUAGAAAAUCUCAAGAAAUGUCAUCACAUUUAAAGCAAGCUUUGACGGCUGCCAUUAAAACAGAAUUAUAUCCUAAAUCACAAAUUGAUAUUUUUAUAGAAGUUUUGCAGGCAGAUGGUGGUAAUUACUGUGCUAGUGUGAAUGCAGCAACUUUGGCUUUGAUAGACGCUGGAAUCCCAUUGCGAGAGUAUGUCUGUGCUAGUUCUGCUUCAUUAGCUAAUGGCGAUGUUCCUUUAGUAGAUAUUUCUCAUCUAGAAGAAACUUGUGGGGGCCCAACAUUGACUGUAGCCGCUCUACCGACAUCCGGUAACAUAGUUUUAAUGGAAAUGUCUCAAAGAUUUCAUUUGGAUCAUUUAUCAAAGGUUUUAGAACAAGCACUACAAGGUUGUAGAGAUACACAGCUCGUUUUAGAUCAAGCUGUACGAGAACAUAUUCGAACAGUGGGAUGUGCCAGUGGAUUCGGUGUUGGACCUUCACCUAGCAUUCUCUAAAUAAUUUUCAAUCUU